CGUACUUAUCGUGGCCACAGAGAAACAGGAGACAACAUACCUAUUACGGAAACGUUAUUGUGUCGGCUGCUGGAAAUAUCUCAACCGGUUGUGCGUGCAUACAAACUGUCAGUCUGGUCUGGAGCCAUGUCACGACAGAUGGAAGACAGCCAUCGAAGAUUCCUACAGAAUAUGAUGGUCAAUGGCAUUAUUGAGGAACAAGGGGCGAGGGCACUGUAUCAGCGCUGCUGUGCAACACACAACAUGCAGCAUGUCCCUGACAAAAUGGACGAUUUCAUUGAUACCAUCAACUCAAAGCUGCAGCCCACAUUCAUGCAGAUUAGAAAAGGAAUGUCUGAAGACAGUGGCCAGCAGCACUAUGCUCUGGUCAAUAUGGCUGAGACUGAUGUCACCAGAAUGUCGUCAGAUUAUGCGGACAAUGAACUGGAGCUCUUCAGGAAAGUAGUGGACCUGAUCGUGAGCUCUGAAACUGGCAUGGCUUCCUCCACGGACAUUCUGAAUAGUGCUGAUACCAUGACGUCCAAAAGGCUGAAGAAGAGUGAGACAGAGCAUCUCUUGAACCGAUUCGUGCAUGACAAGUGGCUCUGUGAGAAACGGGGUGAAUACACCCUGUCCACCAGAUGCAUCAUUGAGAUGGAGUCGUACAUCCGCACAAUGUAUCAAGACCAGGUCAAAGUCUGCCACAUCUGUCACUACAUUGCUUUCCAGUGCCAAAUAUGUGAGAAUCCGAUAUGUGGCAUAAAAAUACACAACCCAUGUGUGGCCAGAUAUUUCAAAGGAAGAUCAGAGCCACGGUGUCCAGCAUGUGAUGACUUUUGGCCUCAUGAAAUCCCUGAAAUCAGACGGCCCAGCUCUCAGUCCAGAAGAUGAGGACUUCAGUACCAAGUGUGUUUUUUCUUUGUUGAAGUUGUUAAGUAUAAUUUUCACAAAAGUUUGUAAUUAAUCAGUUAAUGUGGAUUUUUUAUCAUUAUUUUUACAAGAAUUUAUGAGAAUGUUUGAAAAUGUGUGGAACCUUUUUACUCUGAAAGAAAUCAAUCUGUUCAAGCCCAUUUAGGUUCAGAAUUGCAGAUAUACAACAUACUGUGUUGAUUUUCUUUCUUUUUUUUUAAAGAAAUGGCUGUAUGCAAAAGGUCAACU